UUGAAGAGCGCAUGCGUGGGCCAACUUCUUCCUUUUACCUCGUUGCACUGCUGAGAGCAAGAUGGGCCAUCAGCAGCUGUACUGGAGCCACCCGCGUAAAUUCGGCCAGGGUUCUCGCUCUUGUCGCGUCUGUUCAAACCGGCACGGUCUGAUCCGGAAAUACGGCCUCAAUAUGUGCCGCCAGUGUUUCCGUCAGUACGCGAAGGAUAUCGGUUUCAUUAAGAAAGACCUGAGCUGUCUUCCUUGGCACUGCCUAUGGAGGUGACACCCAUCUCCUCCAUCAUGGCCAUCCUGAGACCACUCGUGAAGCCUAAGAUCAUCAAAAAGAGCACCAAGAAGUUCACUGGGCACCAGUCAAACUGAUAUGUCAAAAUUAAGUGUAACUGGUGGAAACACAGAGGUAUUGACAACAGGGUUCAUAGAAGGUUUGAGGGCCAGAUCUAUGCCCAACAUUGGUUAUGGGAGAAACAAAAAGACAAAGCACAUACUACCCAGUGGCUUCUGGAAGUUCCUGGUCCACAACGUUAAGGAGCUGGAAGUACUGCUGGUGUGCAACAAAUCUUACUGUGUUGAGAUCACUCACGAUGUUUCCUCCAAGAACUGCAAAGCCAUCUUGGAAAGAACAGCCCAGGUGGUCAUCAGAGUCACCAAUGCCAAUGCCAGCCUGCACAGUGCAGAAAGUGAAUAGACAGUGAAUGUGUUUGUUUUAUUGGGGUUUAAAUAAAACCAAUAAAACUGUAAAAACAAAA